AACAACAUUUCACCCUGUCUUUCUUCUAGUCAAAAUGCUUGGGCACGUUUGAGUGACCAUGGAGUACAUUUGCCCAUAUUUAGUUGAACGUUGAGACGGCGACAAUAGUGGAAUAAGGACACUUUUGGGGGAAUCGAGGAGCUACAGUUAAAGACAUGGCUCUACGCGAAGAAGGAGAGGUUUUGCACAAUAAAAUCAGGCACCACGAUGGGGUUGGGAAUGCAAACAGCACAGAUAGCUUCAGGAACGGCUAUGUGAAGAGCUGCGUCACCCCUUUAAAACAAGACCACCAAAGGGGAUUUUUAUUCAACGUCUGUAGGUUUUGCAAUGAAGACAUUCUGAAUUCCAAAUUGUUUCGAAUUUCUGCCCUUUAUUUGGGCGCAUUUGCAAUUUUGGCAACCUCGUUGCUUAUUUCCAGGAGCUUGCAAAGUGACUUCAGCCUUUGGUAUUUGCGGACUUUUCUGUCUGGUUUUACUCAGUGUAUCAGCCCACUCUUUAGCAUAGGCUGUGCAUUUUUCUUUUUAACAUUCUAUUUAAGGAGGAAAAAGAAAGAAAGUAAUACAUGUUGGCUCGUGUCACUGCCAGCAUCAUGUUACCUAGGGGACUUUUUGGUUUUGCGGUUUUUGCAGUGGGGAGAAGACCAGCACCAGAUACAAAUGGUGGGCAGAUUGUUAUUUGUGCUGGGUUGUGUGGGUCUUCUAACACUGAUACCCACUUUAAAACUCAAACACAGUGUUCUUAUACUGGUUUUUGCCAGUGUUGUGUGGUUGGUGUCAUUCACCAGCCUGAGCUGUUUGACUCCCCUGUUACGACCCUUCUUUGCAUGCUUUGCUGGGGUCUCCGGCUCGCUUUUGGCGCUCUGUUUUGAUCAUUAUUACCCAUCGAAGGACGCACCGAAUAGGAUCCACAGUUCCGAGGAGAAAGUCCCAGUGAUCAGACCCAGGAGACGGUCCAGUUGCGUUUCUUUGGGGGAAACGUCGACAAGUUAUUAUGGCAGUUGUAAAAUGCCUCGCAGACCUUCAUUACCGUGCAUAUCCAGAGAACAGAUGAUCCUGUGGGACUGGGACCUGAAGCAAUGGUACAAGCCCCAGUACCAGGGUGCGGUGAGCGGGAACGGCGUGGACCUGUCGGUCAUCAACGAGGCUCGGAACCUGGUGUCGGAGCUGCUGAUGGACUCGUCCCUGUCGCCACACACCAUGUCGUCCCUGCGUAGCGUCAGCAGCCUGAUGGGCACCUUCUCCGGCUCCUGCCGGCCCCGGGUCAACCCCUUCACCCCCUUCCCCGGCUUCUACCCCUGCGCCGAGGUGGACGACCCCACGGACCGGGCCGACCGGAAGCCUCUCAAGGGGCUGAGCAGUAGAAGCAGCCUGCCCACCCCCCAGCUCCGGCGAGGCUCCACCUCCUCCUCCCUCCCCCCCAUGGAGUCAGCCUCCUCCCGCUGGGAGCGCAACAGCGGCAAGAGACCCCACCCCGACCUCAACCUGACCAGUCCAGGGUCUCUGUCCAACGGGCCCAAUGCUAACCUGCUGACCAUUCCCAAGCAGAGGUCUUCUUCUGUCACCCUCACCUACCACCCUGGGUCCAGGAGAGCAGGCACAUCUCCCAGUCUGAGUCCGGUCACCUCCCCUAGCCACAGCCCCCCCGCUGUGGGGGGGGCGGGGGUGUCCUCCCUGGUCACCCGCUCCCCUGUGGAGUUCCCUGACACGGCCGACUUCCUCACCAAGCCCAGUGUCACCUUGCACAAGCCGCUGGGCUACACCCUGAGCUCUCCGGACUUCCAGCAGCCCUACCGAGGCCUGCCCUCCGCCCCCCUCUGCACCAGCUGUGGCCGUCAGAUGCUGAAGGGCAUGUCCAGUGGGGAGGCUGGAGAGGGUCACCCGCCCCAAACCACCGAGGCCCAGCGCAGACGCUCAGGUGAGGCGUCUGGCUUUGUGGGUGAUGGCCUCAUCCGGGAGGAGAGCGUGGAGGUCGAGGCGGCCGGGGUCAGGAGCUCCGACCCAGGAACUAGGAAGCAGGCGGAGGGGGAGGAGCAGGAGGAGGAGCAGAGCCCCAAAGCGGAGCAGCAGACCCAGGAAACGGAGGGUGACCAGGAGUUUAAGCUUGAGCCCAUUCUAGAUGACCAUGAAGCUCUCAUGGAGAAGAUAAACAGCUGGAAUUUCCAGAUCUUCGACCUUGUGGAGAGAACAGGAGGGAAGACAGGAAGGAUACUAAGCUAUGUGACGUACACCUUGUUCCAGGACACGUGUCUGUUUGAGAUCUUUAAGAUCCCCGUGAGGGAGUUCAUGUCCUACUUCUGUGCUCUGGAGAACGGCUACAGGGACAUCCCCUACCACAACCGUGUCCACGCUACUGACGUGCUCCACGCUGUUUGGUACCUGACCACCCGUCCAAUCCCAGGCUUCCAGCAGAUCCACAAUGAGCAUGUGACAGGAAGUGACACAGAUUCGGACAGCGGCAUCUCCCCAGGCCGGGUGUCCUACGCGUCCUCCAAGAGCUCAUCCAUCUCGGACGACAGCUACGGCUGCCUGGCUUGGAACAUUCCUGCCCUGGAGCUCAUGGCCCUGUAUGUAGCAGCCGCCAUGCAUGACUACGACCACCCGGGCCGCACCAACGCAUUCCUCGUGGCCACUAACGCCCCUCAGGCGGUGCUGUACAACGACCGCUCGGUCCUGGAGAACCACCACGCCGCCUCGGCCUGGAGUCUGUACCUGUCCCAGCCCGAGUUCAACUUCCUGGCCAACCUGGACCACGUGGAGUUCAAACGCUUCCGUUUCCUGGUCAUCGAGGCCAUCCUGGCCACAGACUUGAAGAAGCACUUCGACUUCCUGGCGGAGUUCAACUCAAAGGUGAAUGAUGUGAACAGUCCAGGAAUCGACUGGACCAACGAGAACGACAGGUUGCUUGUGUGCCAGAUCUGCAUUAAGCUGGCAGACAUCAACGGGCCCGCCAAAGGUCGCGACCUCCACCUCAAGUGGACGGAAGGCAUCGUGAAUGAGUUCUAUGAACAGGGAGAUGAGGAGGCCAGUUUGGAAUUACCCAUCAGCCCCUUCAUGGACCGUUCCUCGCCACAGCUGGCCAAGCUGCAGGAGUCGUUCAUCACCCACAUCGUCGGGCCGCUGUGCAACUCCUACGACGCUGCCGGCCUGUUGCCGGGCUACUGGAUUGACGAGGAGGGCUCGGAAGAGGAGGAGGAAGAAGAUCAGGUGGACGACACUGAGACUGAUGAGGACGAGCUGGAGGAGGAUAUUGAACCAAAAAGGAGGAAGGGCCGCCGCAGGCUGUUCUGCAACAUCAUGCAGCACCUGACGGACAACCACAAGGUGUGGAAGAAGACCAUCGAGGAGGAGGAGAAGGGCAAGGAGCUCGGCAAGCAGCAGUCCGACAGCCUGCCCCCGUCGCCCUCCUCCCCGUCUGACGACAUCCAGGUGAUCCAGGAGGAGGAGGAGGGGGAGGAGCGAGCGUAGCAGUCCAGCAGGACCAGGGCCAGAGCCAGGAAGACAGGGGGGGGGUGGGGGUGGGGGGAAUGAGGGCAAGAGACCCUCAAGCCCCCCCCACUUCCAACCCCACCCCCCAAACCCCCCCCCCCCCCCCCCAUUCUCCCUCACACACACUCACACACACAAAACAACCCUGCUGGUUCUCCACACAUCGAAGUUGUCACUGUGCCGCCACUCAGAUGCUAAACGCAGUCAUGUUGUUUUUUAGAGAGAGAGAGAGAGACAGAGAGAGAGAGACAGAGAGAGAGAGAGAGAGAGAGAGAGAGAGAGAGAGAGAGAGAGAGAGAGAGAGAGAGAGAGAGAGAGAGAGAGAGAAAGGCCUUACUACUGUGACUGGAUCCUUGCUGCAACGGUGGGGAGUCCCACUCCUAUGCACUUUCACCCUUAUGGAGAGCCCGGGGCCCCCAGACCUGAGGAGCCUGGUGUGGAGGACUAGGAUGGACGGGCCCAGCAGAGCCCAGCCCUCCGUGGUGACCUGGCUGUAAUGCUGCCUUGAACGCAGAGCGCUUAACUCUCCUUUAGGUACUAAAAGAAAAGCAUACUAUUUAAAAUAGAAGUAGAAGAAGAAUCAAAAACAACACCUUGACAUGAUUGACACCUGUUACCAAAGCAAACAGUUCAAACAUGGAAAGACAAUAGACUGUUUCAGACUCCAUGUCAGGAAUAUUGUAGACCUAUAUAUCAAAUGUGCCUGUCUGAACUUUCUUUCCUGAGUCCCUGGGUCUAGUCCUAGGGCCUGUGCAGUCCUCUCCCCUUGCUGGCGACACGAAACACUGUAUCACCGACUCAGUCUCAGAGACAUUGUGGCAAUGCUGACUGAUAAUGAGCAUUAUACCUGCAUCGUUUUUGAUGCCGUUUAGUCAUACCUGCCUUUUGGUUUUACUCUUCUUUUAGUGUGCGUUUGAUUUUCAUUUGGUUUGUGGGUGUGUUUGCGUGUGCGUGCGCUUGUAUGUGAGCAUAUACGGGUGUAUGUGAGCCUGUGUGUGUGUGUGUGUGUGUGUGUGUGUAUCUUCAGGAAUGCUUGGUUGCCAAUCAAUAAAUUGUCCUCUGGUGUUAAGCAUGUUGCAUUCAGAACAGGAGUCCUGUUCCAUUGAAGGGAUUUUUUUCCUUUAUGUUCGUUUUGAUUUGUAUCUAUUUUUCACGGUUACUCAGGAUUCACGUGAAGUUGAAUAAUUAUUUUGAGAGAACUCGUUGAUUUUAAACACGCUUUUAAAUCAAAGAAAAUCGAAUCUGGGUGACUGAAAUGGUUUUUAAUCUUUGUACGAACAACUUGAAAACAAACACAUUCAAGCAAUUGAAAUGCUCCGUGGUGAGAAAGGAUAGUUCAUGUUGUCUUUCUGUCACUCAAACACAGCUGCUCACUAGUGCUGUUUGCAUUGUUACCUAUUAAAGACCUCACUGUAGAAUUGGGAUCCUCAACUGUCAGUUAACUGCAAAGAUCUGUUUGCAGCAAAGCAGAAUCUGAACUCUGGCGGUGAAAUCCCAUGGUGAUUCACAUACCAGUAUAUUAGCUGGAGAUGUUUUGGAUGGCAUUGUUCUCAGCUUUGUUUUUUACACAACAUACUCCAGCAUCAUCGAUUUAUUUUUUAUUUUCUUCUUUCACUCAUUCUGCAGAAACGGAUGUUUUGAGGUCGAUACCUUUUUUGACGAACCCAUAACCAGGCCAGUGUGUAGAGAAGUGAUCCAGGGUUUCACCAUCACUUUGUUUUUGUUUUUAUAUUUUCUUAUUCUGAACCAUGAGGCAGGUUUAAUACUAAUAGUUCUAUAUUUUUGUCUGUAAUAACUCUAGGCAUUCCACUAGAAAAGCGUUUUGAUGGAAGGGUAGGCAGCCUUGCAAGCCUCAGCUCUCCGUUCACCUUGUCCUGUCAUUUUCUCCAGAGAGGAGAUGUUCUCAAGUAGGCAGUGUAAAUCAAGCUAGUAUAUUUAAAGACAAAAAAAAAAAUAGAUAUAAAUGUGCACAUUUUACUACCAAACAAGUGUUUAGCCUCUGCACAAAAAGAGUAUCUGCAUAUAAAUAUAUAAAUAUAUUAUAUUUUUUAAUUAAUCAACUGAAUGCAUCUGUUUUCUACACGCAGCUGACAUAUAUUGUACAUUGAGACCCUGUAAUUACCAUCUUGUUUCCAGAGUUUUUAUCUAAUACUAUUUACAGUACAGAUGUGGAACUGUGGGUUUGGUGUUUUGUUUUUUCUUUUGGAUUCAGCGUCUCCCUGCUCCUUGUCAUAACCACUCUCUCAGUCUUGGUUUGAUCUAGUAACUCUGUGUUGUUUCUCAGUCAACCCAACCAGUGCCAAACUGUCCCUGCCCGGUCUCCAGGCACCCAGAUAGCCCCCCCACCACCAGCACCCCUUGCCCAGGGGUUGAGGGUGGUGAAGAACGUUCAGAGCUUAACAUCCACCAUGUUCAAUGUGACACAGUGGAGAAAGCAGGUGUGGAAGGCUCACUCGAACUCCUCAGUGCUCCCUCCUACUGUCUGAGUGGGGUCUGGAGUCUUCUGUGUUUCGCUAAUGGACGGAUGCAGGAUUGCCCCCACCACCACCACCACCUCCCAUUUUAUGGCUCAUUAUGUUUGUAAACGUUGAUUGUUUGUUGGCUUCUCACUGUGCAGUCUCUCACACACAACAGUGUCCUCCAAUGUUCUUGUCAUAAAUACAUCUAGGAAUGGCUGUUAUCCUUAUGUAGCAUUUAGAUAUACGUAUGUCUGAUGUAACCGUUCAACCUUAUCAACACUGUGGGGAAAACAGAUUUUUGUUGUUAUUUAUAGCUGUCAUAAAACACCAUCCCUAAAAUAA